AUGCUUGCCCCAAAGUCUGCCAUCCGCACGCUUAGCAUCUUUGUGGAGGCUUUCAUGCAGAUGCGUGAGCUCCGAAGAAGAGCCUUCAGUGUGUUCAACGAUGUGCGCAGCUGGGGCAAAUUUCGAAGCGUCAUCGCCAUCACAGCGCGGGGCGAGCCACGGCCAAGCGGAAAGCGGCGAACCGAGGUCCUUCUGAACAUUGUUUUGGGUAACCAAAUUCAGGACAUACAGGGCGUCCUACAACCGUUGGCGGAUGCCAUUGUUGAGGCUGCCCCGCGAAAUUUGAUGGGGAUUGUCGCCAAUGUUGCAAGAUCUAAGCGCACCAUCAUGGGGGGGCGCCGGGAAUACUUGCUGUACGGCCGACGCUAUGUUCGACAAGCAUUUAAUGCGUCAGUGCACGGAGAAUUGCACAGCUUUGUGCUUGAGCUGGGCGCUGGCUCGCGAAUGGCAGUGCAUGGGGGGCUUUUGCGGGAGCUUUCCGAGACAAUUCUUGACAUGUGCAAUUUGGGGGAGACAGAUACGUUGUGGCACUGUUUCUGCAGUGGUGGGGAGCUAAGUCUGGCAGCAGGUCGCAUUUGCGAGCACGUGGUGGCAAUUGGCACUUCAGCAACAGAGGUGGGUGAGCUGAAAAGAAACUUGGCUGCCAAUGACGUGUCAAACGCCACUGCAGUGCUGUGCAACCUCCGAAGCCCCUUCACCUUGAAGCAGCUGUCAUUUCACAUCUCUCAGUCACAGCAGAAGCGGCUUUUGCUAGGCACUGGGCUAGAGCAGGACAAGGCCCGCGAGUAUGCCUUGACUUGCUUUGUGCCGGGGGAGAGCCGGCGGCGCUUGACCCAAAGGCUCAUAGCCGCGCCCUAUAAUGCGCCGCUUCUCCGGGAGGACGCGAUGGCACACCAGGAGUUGCGAGCUUUGCUUCCUGCAUUUGUCCGGGACUUCCGGCCGUCAUUGACAACUCUGCCAGUCCCAGUGAAGAGCCCCAACGCUCCGGAAGAGCCAAGCCGGGAAGUUACCCCAGAGAUGGAAAAUCGCUUGAAACGGUUGUACCGACGCUUGGCCAUGAAGUACCACCCGGACAAGAAUCCCAAUGAUCCUAAUGCCUCUGAUCGCUUUCAGGCACUGACGCGUGCAUACAAGGCACUUGUAGGUGACGCAGCUGGCCCAGAAGAAGGUGAUGACGAUGCCGAAGAUCCCUUUCUCGUGGCCCAUUCCAACAAUUACCGCAUCAAAUCCAAGCAUUUCUGGAGGUAUGACGCGUCGGUUCGACAAGGGUCCAAGUUCAAGCAAAAGCCAGGUGAAAGCGUGGAAGAUGAGGAAGAUGAUGCUGAUGCCAAUGUGGCAGAAGCCUUUGGACAUUCAGAUGGGGAAUCAGACAAAGAUGAUGACGACGAAGUCUGGGAGGUGGAAGCUGACUCAGAUGUCGAAAUCGAAAUGGAAAUCGAUGAUUCCUGGGCCAAGAAACGAGCAGAAGUGGAAGAGCGGCCAGAGCGUCCUGCCGGGCAUGCUGAUCAAGACGAAUCGCCGGAAGUGGUACUGCGGGAUGGCGAUACCAGGCUGACAAAAGGUGAAACUGAUGUGAUGGCACCAACGCUCCCACCUCCAGAUGUGAUUCUGGUGUGUCAGCCCCGGAAUCGCAAGAAAGGAAAGGGUACACCUACGUACUUCCACAGCUGGUUGCGCUCUACUGCUGCACGAGCGAUCGUCUAUGUGUCAGUGGACCCUGAGGCCUUCCAGGCAGAUGUAAGCUCCUUGCGCGAGCUGGGCUACCAAGUGACCAGGGUCCAGCCCUUUGACCCGGAGCCUCACAGGAGAUCUGUGCUGAUGGUUGCAAAGUUUGAGCUGAUUCGCCCCUUGGAGGGCUUGGAAGAGUACAAAGAGCCUGGAGAACACCUGCUGCCGGGCAUGCCCGGACUUCUGCCAUCAGACGGUCCGCAGCCCUUGCUGGUCAGCGGAGGUUACACGCAAAUCCCUCCGCCGAGACCGUGA